AAUCAGACCGUUCUGGCUGUCCAGUCAUUGUUGGAUGGCCAAGGAGCAGUCCCUGAUCCAACAGGCCAGAAUGUCAAUGCGCCCCCCGCCAUCCAGCCAUUGGAUCUCCACAUACAUCACGGUGCCCCCAUCCCCAUUGAUCCAGACCCUGGUGCAGGGGAACAUCUUGGUGAGUGAUGACGUGCUCAUGUCCGCCAUGUCGGCCUUCACAUCCCUGGACCAGCCCAUGCCUCAGGGCCCCCCACCUGUGCAGAGUGGCCUGAACAUGCAUUCUGUGCCCAGCUACCUACCCCCACCUCCUCCACCCCAGAGUCUUGGCCCCCCUGGGCGCCCCAACCCUGGUGGGAGUGGUGUGGUGGAGGUGUACAGUGCUGCUGCACCCCUGGCUGGGAAUGGGACGGUGGAGAUCCAGGCCUUGGGGAUGCAGCCCUACCCACCCCUGGAGGUGCCAAGCCAGUGUGUGGAGGCUCCAGUAUACCCUACCCCGCCAGUGUACAGUCCUGGCAAACAGGGCUUCAAACCAAAAGGACCAAACCCUGCUGCCCCCAUGACAAGCGCCACUGGGAGCACGGUGCCCCCCUUCGAGUCUGCACCAACACUGAAGACCCGACGGGCUAAAGGCACCAGUGGACUUCCAGAAGGGAAGCCAAAGGCUCAGAAGCUCAAGUGCUCGUACUGUGACAAAUCAUUCACCAAAAACUUCGAUCUGCAGCAGCACAUCCGAAGCCACACCGGUGAGAAACCCUUCCAGUGCAUUGCGUGCGGCCGUGCCUUUGCCCAGAAAUCUAACGUCAAGAAACACAUGCAGACCCACAAGGUGUGGCCUCCAGGUCGCAGUGGUGGCACUGUCUCUCGCAACUCUGUGACUGUCCAAGUCAUGGCUCUGAACCCCAGUAGGCAGGAAGAUGAGGAAAACACAGGGUUAGGCCAGACCCUGUCGAGUUCACCACAGCCCCAGUCCUUGCCCACGGCAGGUGAGGAUGACGGGGACAAGCUGGAGACCAAGCAGGUGGUCCUCAUCGAUAGCUCCUACCUGUGCCAGUUCUGCCCCAACAAGUUCAGCACCUACUUCCAGCUCAAGUCCCACAUGACACAGCACAAGAAUGAGCAGGUUUACAAGUGUGUGGUCAAAAGCUGUGCCCAGACAUUCCCGAAGCUUGACACGUUUCUGGAGCACAUCAAGAGCCACCAGGAGGAGCUGAGCUACCGCUGCCACUUGUGUGGCAAGGACUUCCCCUCACUGUAUGACCUGGGCGUGCAUCAGUACUCCCACAGCCUCCUGCCUCAGCACAGCCCCAAGAAGGACAGCGCUGUCUACAAGUGUGUCAAAUGUGUCAACAAAUAUUCCACCCCGGAAGCCCUGGAGCAUCACCUGCAGACCGCCACCCACAACUUCCCCUGCCCACACUGCCAGAAGGUAUUUCCUUGUGAACGCUACCUGCGACGUCACCUGCCCACCCACGGCAGCGGGGGCAGGUUCAAGUGCCAGGUGUGCAAGAAGUUCUUCCGGAGGGAACACUACCUCAAACUGCAUGCUCACAUCCACUCAGGUGAGAAGCCCUACAAAUGCUCAGUGUGUGAGUCUGCAUUCAACCGCAAGGACAAACUAAAGAGACACAUGUUGAUCCAUGAGCCCUUCAAGAAAUACAAAUGCCCCUUCUCGACACACACAGGCUGCAGUAAGGAGUUCAACCGGCCGGACAAGCUGAAGGCUCACAUCCUCUCCCACUCUGGCAUGAAGCUCCACAAGUGCGCCCUGUGCAGCAAGUCCUUCAGCCGCCGCGCCCACCUCGCCGAGCACCAGCGCGCCCACACGGGCAACUACAAGUUCCGCUGUGCUGGCUGCGCCAAGGGCUUUUCCCGCCACAAAUACCUCAAGGAUCACCGCUGCCGUCUGGGCCCCCAAAAGGACAAGGACCUGCAAGCCCGGCGCCCUCCCCGGAGGAGGGCAGCUCCCCGAAGUGGCAGCAGUGGCGGGCGCAAGGUGGUGACCCCCUUAUCUGACCCACUGGGGCUGGAGGAGCUGAAGGAUUCAGGGGCUGGACCAGUGCCUGAGGCCGCCCCAGGCAAACCACCCUUUGCAGAGCCAGAUGCCGUGCUGUCCAUCGUCGUGGGGGGCACAGUGGGUGGGGAGCCGGAGCUGGUGGUGCCUGGGCAUGCUGAGGGGCUGGGUUCCAACCUGGCACUGGCGGAGCUGCAGGCCGGGGCCGAGGGCCCAUGUGCCAUGCUCGCUGUGCCUGUCUACAUCCAGGCCUCGGAGUGAUGACCCAUGCGGUUUGUUCCAGGGGCCGGCCUGAUGCUCGCAUUUGGGUCCAGGGCCCCUGGAGGCAGACUAGCAGAGGAAGGGAGCCAUCAGCAGAGAUCCUUUCAGGAUGUCAUUUAUAAACCCAGGCCUGGGCCACCUGCUGGUGGCCCCUGUCCUGCAGGAAAGAUCUGUAGUAUUCCGGGAUCUGGGGACAGGGCUGCCCGUGGUUUCUGGGUAGAGCAAUGGCAAGAGAGAGCCCAGGGUCUGGCUGCCUAGGCUGGUGGUUGGGCCACCUGAGAGAGGAAACAGGGUUGGUCCCGCCCAUCCAUCUUCCAGGUCACUUUGAGAUGGCUUCUAGCCAGGCUACCUUUCAGGAGGCCUGAUAUGGUUGGACCAUGUCACAUUCGGUUCUUCACCAUCCUCAGACAGCUCUGUAAUAGGGGUGUUAAGGAGACCUCAAGUAUCAUGGUUAGAGUGCAACUAUGAGCCAGGUCUGGCUUCAAAUCCCAAAGUUACAUACACUUGCUGUGUGACCUUGAGCAAGUCACUCACCUCUCUGAGCCCAUGUUCCUCAUCUGGACAGUGGGGCUUACGAUAGUGCAGCCUCGUAAGGUUGUCUUGGGCAUCCAGUAUGAAGAAAUGCGCAAAGGGCUAGGCGCGGUGCCCGCACUGGGGAAGUACUCCUUAAAUGUUUUCAUCACUGCCAGUGUCCCAGUGACUCAGGCCAAGCCUCGGCAGUUUUUUCCUUUGCCUCUAGGUGGCAGAACUCUCCUCUAAACCAUGUGGAUGGAGGGGUCCUGGGGUCCCCUCACAUGCAUAGCCUUGGAGAGUUUGUAACAGAGAGGCAGGUCAGUGCUGCCAGUGCGGCUAUUAUGAAUACAAACACUCAUGAAUAUUCAGGAUCUUGGGGCUCACCCCAAACCCUUUGGGAUCAGAUCUGACUAGAACCAGAGUCCACCUGGAGUGGGCCCUUGUGUGGCCAUCGACACCCGCCCCCUCCAGUUAGGCCGGGCAGGAGGGAGAAAAGGGGCCUUGACCAGUGUUUCUCUGCUCAUCCUCAUCACCGCUUUUUGGGACACAUUGCCUGUUACAGGAAAGGAAACAGGCUCCAUGAGAUGGACUUCACACAGCAGAGCUGUCUGACUCAGUGAUGAAAGACUUUUCUUUCUUUUUUAUUCUAAACUUUUCAAAAUCAUGAUUAGAGCACUUGUAUGUGCAUGUGAGAGAAAGACGAGGACCCCCCACAGGCUCACACCGUAAUCACCUGCUCUAGGCCUCCAGCCUGUUGGCUCUUGGACACACACAGAUGUGUUGUGUGCUUCUGGUGGACUGGGCAGGGAUUUGAAGAUUAGUCGGCAUGUGGGAUGUGGCUUCUCUUGAGUGGUAUGUUACUGCCUUGCCACCGAACUAGCCCAGAUGACUGAGUUUUCUUGGAGGCUGGCGUAUCCUUCCCUGUGUUAAGAUCCAGGCCCAGAGCUCAGAGUCAAGCCCAACUUCCCACAUCCUCAGGAAGCAUAUGGUGUGGCAGGAGGGACAAAGCUGAUGGAGUAAAGGCUGCAGGUGCACCAUCUGCAGAAAGGCCCGAGGGAUCAGUAAGAACAAGGAGUCUCUUUGGUGGGGAUGACUUUUGACUGAGCCUUGGCAUGGAGUACCUGAAUGUCUGAAUAGAUAGGGGAAGGCAUGCCAGAUAAGAGCAGGGCACAAGCAAAGACCAAUGCACAAAAGUGCAGGGCCUGUGCUGCUCUGGGGCUGGCAGCUGGUCCAGAGAUCUGGGAGGAAUACAGGGGUAACCAUAAUCGCUAAUUCUUCAAGCACCUGUGUGACGGGCAUCAUCCUGCACUGUUGACAUCACACCAUCUCAGCCUGUCUGUGAGUACUGUUACUUUCCGGAUGAGGAAACGUGGCACAGAGGUAGAGUUCCUUGCCUAGGCUCACACAGCCAGUAAGCCACAGCAUUGGGGUUCAAGCCAGGGCAGUCUGCCUCCACAUGCUCUUAGCCACUUUGCUGCAUUGAAAUAUGGGUUGAUGAGGCCAACAUGUGGCUUGGUGGUUAAGGGGCUGGAUCUCACGUGGCCAACUACAUAGUUCAAGUCCCAGAGCCGGCAAGCUUGA